AGUCCUCCGUUCUUCUGUUACAUAAAAAUUCAUUUGAAUAAUAGUGUUGUCAAGUUUACUAUAUAUAAUAUAUAAUAUGUAUAUUAUUUUGAAUUUAAUUUUAUAAUUUUACUAACUCAUGACUAUAUCGAGAGGAAAUCAUAAUAACCUGUUUAGAUUUAAAGUAUAUACUUAUUUAUAUAUAAUAUAAUUCAAAGUGAUAAAUUCUUUAUUUUGGAAAAGAACUAUUCUUUAACAAACAAAAAUGUCUCGAUGUAAAUGUCCAAAAUCAGAUACGAAAACGACCGAGCACCAUUCGCCAUAUUUUGAGGAUAUCACAACGAAAAUGGAGGAACGUCGUUGCGAUCUUCUUGGUCGGCAUAAAUAUUUAAAAGAUAAAAUCACGACAAUGGAACGAUCAAUUCCGGCAUUGAUGGCAUAUAAUAUGUGGAUGUCGAAGAAAUGUGAAAAUGCGCCGUAUUGUAAAAUCCGUGAGAUCAUGAAGAAAUUCGCUCCUUAUCCGGAUCAAACCGAAAAACUUCUCGAAAAUCUAAAGAAUACGGUGAAGAAUCUGAACAAGGAGACCGACGAGUUGCAUGAAAAAAUCAUUCAAGCUGAUGUUAAGUUGGAAGAAACGGAAAUGGAAUUAGAAUCUUUGGAACUUAUGAAUAAGGAAUUGAACGAUACAGUAAAUAAAUUAGAGAAGGAAAUACGAUCUUACACUACUCCAAGUCUUCAUUCGAUACAUUCCGAAGACUUACUUUGUUUAUCAAAGAUUCGUCAAUUAGCCAAAGAAGAAUUAAAUUUGAAGAAUUGCAUUAAAGAAUUAGAACAAAAGGAAACGAUAUUUAAAGAACAUAUGGAUCGAUUGUUGACAUCUAAAGAGUAUCAAAAUAUUUGUGAUCGAAGAAAAAUUAUAAGUUGUAUUCAAGAUAAGAAAUCUUAUAUGCGUAAAAAAUAUGCAUGUUCUAAUCAAAAUGAUUAUGAAUCAAAAAUGAAAAAAAAGCAGAGACAAAAACAAACUGGACAUGAUGACGUAUUGAUUUCUACAUCGGGACAAAAUAUUAAACAGGAUCAAGGAACUAAUCCAAAAUUAUCCGAAAAAAAAGUUAAAGAAAGAUCUUCCUGGAUGUCAAAUUGGUGGGCAGGCAAUCAGAAAUCGGAAACGGAACAGAUAUUACAGAUGAAAAGUGCAAAUCCUACGACAUUAAAUAAAAUGGAAAACCCUACUUCUGAGAAGUCAAAAGAUGAUAAAUCAUCAACAUUUAAAUCAAAAUCGGCACAAUGUCAUCGGCCUUGUUUUACUUCUCAAGAUUUUGAAUAUAUUUUAAAAAAAGUUUGUAUGCCUAAAUUUAUUCCUCCUUGCAUUACAUCUUUAAAAAAGCCUUUCUGCGAACAACCGCGUUAUAAAAUGGAAGAACAUGGUAUUCGUACAGGGUGCAAACCACAUAUGUUAUCUUACGAUCUUAAAGGUCCUUGUGAAAUUUGUCCUUUAUUGCCUUGCAAUAUACGUCCAAUCGGAAAUUGCAGAUGCAAUUGUAAGGGCAAAUGCGCAAAUGGAUUGUCAGAUACACUAUGUAAUUGCAGUAAUGAACCAUUAGAUCCUUCGGAAGAAUAUCAACCAACUAUAAAGCAACUAGCUGAUUUACCAAAGGUAGAAGAUAGUGAAGACAGUGAAUAUUGCGAAUGUUGCUUAUGCGGUUGUGAAGACAAUGAUGAAUAUUUGUGCGAAUGCGAAUAAAAUGUAAAUGUAAUUCAUUGUUCUCCAUUUUUUAUAACGAUAAUUUUUCCUAAUUUGUUUUAUAUUAUAUAUUAUAUUGUAGUAAUGUACAAUAUACCAUCUAAUAUCUUGAA